UUUCUCUCCCCAUCUCUCUGUUUUAUUCCUCUUUCUCAACCCCUCUCUCUUUUUUCUCCCCUUCCUCUCUCUUUUUUAUCUCUCUUUCUCAGCCCGUCCUCUUUCUCUCUUCCCCACCACUCUCUCUCACUUUCUCUCCCUCUACCUCCUUUUUUUCUCUCUCUCCUCCUCCUCCUCUUCCUCGGCGGCGGGGCAGCGCGCUCGAGCGUGCGGAGCGACUGUGGCGCUUCUUUUGCGCAGAGAGAGAUAGGAGAGAGAGAGCGCGCGCAAGAGAGAUAGAAAGAGAAAGAGAAAGAGAGAGAGAGACUGUUGCUGGAUCAGUGUGUGUGUGAGAGAGAGAGAGAGUGAGGGUUUUUUUUGGAGAAACUCGGACUGGGUCUGGACACUCUGCGGACAUGCUGAUCGGUACAGCAGCUCAGGGCAGCCCCCUGCUGGCUGCGUUGCCCAUGCAGGGUCGUCCACUGCAGACGCCUCUGGACCUCAAGAACUUCCUGCCAUUCAGACUUAAUGGCUCCUCCCCUCUCAGCCUGUUCCCCAACUUCAAUACUAUGGACCCUGUACAGAAGGCUGUUAUUAAUCACACCUUUGGCGUUCCCCAGAAGAAGAAACAGGUUAUCUCGUGCAAUAUCUGCCAUCUCCGCUUCAACUCCACGAAUCAGGCGGAGGCGCAUUAUAAAGGUCAUAAGCACGCUCGUAAACUGAAAGCUUUGGAGGCUCAGAAGAACAAGCAGCACAGACGGCAGCUCGAGCACACGCACGGCCGAGAGCGGGAGAAAGAGAGAGAGAGGGAUAGAGGGAGAAAGAGUGCACCUGAGCCUCUUCCUGCCCUUCUGGAGCCCUGCGCUGUGGAAGGACCCACCGUUCUCUGUGAUCCAGACCCUGUAUUGAAGAUGGAAGAUGCUCAGUCCAGCUCCGUCAUCCUGACUCCAGUAUCUGAAGUGUCGUCAGCGGACGUGCCGGUCUCCUCUCCGCCCUCCCAGCACUCAGACGGCCCGCAGGAAACCACUUCCGGACCCAGCGAGGGGGCUGCCCAGCAGGACAGCCCAGCAGGAGAGGCCCCAGCAGAGAAGGAGCCUCGGAGGAACAGACAGCACCUCUACUGUCCCGUCUGCAAAGUGACUGUCAACUCAGUCACUCAGCUGGAGGCCCACAACAGCGGGACCAAGCACAAACUGAUGCUGGAGGGUCAGAGCGUUUUGCCACGCCGACGGGGGAAGGCGCUGUCCUCUCGUGCCACGUGCAAAAGCAAGCGGCUGGCUAACAAGGGCAGCAUGAGCGUGGCCAACAAGAGCUUCCAGUGUGAAGUGUGUGAGAUCCACGUCAACUCUGAGACCCAGCUCAACCAGCACAUGAACAGCCGCAGACAUAAAGACAGACUGGCAGGAAAGCCCCCAAAGCCCAAAUACAGCCCACACAGCAAGAGUCCACCUACCUCAGGAGUAUCGCAGAGUGUCAGGUGGAAUGGAUAUGCAGGAGGAGCUGUGUCAGCCAUGAAGAAAGUCUUUAACCAGUACAGUCUCACCUCGCUAUCUUCACAGACUAAGCUGGCUCUACAGAAGCAGUUGACUAAGAAUUUGACGACCAGAUUUCUGCCCACCCCUAUUACUCCGCCCACUCUUUGCACGGUGGCAGCCAAUCCGCUUGCUCUCCGUCACCCUGCUGGAGCCACCUUCAUUCAGACGCCAAUCCUAGGCCCUGCCCUCUUUCGACCCGCUCCGGGACCACUCCGGGCCACACACACACCUGUUAUUUUCUCACCUUAUUAAAUGAUACAUGCACACAAACAUGCGCUCACAGAAUCAAACAAAACACUGCUGUCAUAAGAAAGCCUUGGAUUUCUGAUAUAGUAUACAUUAAACAUUUUAUUCAGUUUAAUAAUCGGCCGUUUCUAUUGGUCUAUUUACUGUAAGUUGCUCACACUGGGCAAAAAGGUGAAAUUACAGAUCUUUGUUAUGACAGCAUUGAUAAGUAUGACUUAAAGAAAACACAUUUAAUGCAGAUAUACUCAGUUCUAAUAACAAAUGCAUACAGCAAGCACACUUACACACACAGUGAAAACAGUAUUGCAUUGAAAUGACAAGAUUGAAAUGUGUACAUUACGUUCUACAUGAGUAAGACAGUCACAGACUUCAGACCUGGGUGGUAAGACUUGGAAAGACUUUGUGCUUCAGAGGGAACACAUCUGACCCUCUAAAGACCAAUAUUAUACUUUUGAAAGUCCAGUUAAAAAGUGUACGUCUGAGUGCAAGAAAGUACUUAUAUCAGACCUCUAUUUUUGUGUGCAACAUAUAGUGCUGUAUGUCAAAUUUGAAGUCAAAUAUAGUAAUCCGAUGCUUUUCAGAGAGGAACUAUUAUAUAUUUAUGAAGUAAAAUAGAGAAUUCAGGAGAAAUUAUUGUUUUUAUAAAGCAAUUUGGCAGAUUAAUACAUUACAUAAAAUCACUGUACAACAUGAUGAGGGACAUCAUCACAACAAAACAUAAACAGUGUAUUUUGCAUUUUGGAACAAGCUGACCAGCUCAUUUACUGUAGCUGUAGCCUGGCGUGCUAGAUUUGUCCACAUCUGUAAAACGGUGUCGUUUAAAUGAACAUUUAGCAUCGUCUUGGCAUCUAAAUGGUGCUAAAACUGUGUGUGAAGUCAUUGACAAAAACACCCUUACCUGCAUUUUUCUAAUUAAAGAUUAAUAAAUCUUUAAUAAAUGCCAUAGAACAGGAAAAUGGAUAUUCUCUUUUAAAAGCAAAACCUAUUUGACUUGUUUACUUGAUACACAGAAGCCCACAAGUGAAAGCUGUUUGAGGCUAAAUGCAGUGACUUUUGGGUAAAAGUUAACACUAUGCCAUCCGUAACAAACUUUUUUAGCCUCUGAAGUGGCUGAAGAGCUAAAGCUCAACCUAGCAGACUUGCUACAAUGGAGUCAGCUAGCUAACUGCAGCCUGUUCUAGGCUGUGGUAAGCUAGGCUAUGCUAGGCUACACUAGGCUUCGCUACGCUAUGCUUGUCCUAGUGACAUAAACAUAUAUAGACAAGCAUAAUUUCCUGGUUGUAAAUAUGCUUUGUUUAAAUCAUGUCAUAAGCUUUCAUUUUUUGGAAACCAAAUAGUAACCAAGCUAACCAUGUUUGGUUAGUAGAACAUUUUCUGAACAUUACAUUUAACAUUCUUUUUAUUUUCUUGCUGUUCCUAUUUAGCAUGUUUAAACAGCAUUUUAGCUGGGAAUGUUUUUGGCAGAAACAUUCUAAUAAUAUUGUGAUGCAAACCAUUAUUAACAUUAUUUCUGUAACAUUAUAGGCUAACCUUCCUGGAACUUUUUCAAAACGCUGCUAAACAUUCUUAUAACGUUCUUUAAAAUUUCUCUGCUAGCUGGGAAGUCACUAAUUACUAAUUAUGCAUUAAAAAGAGCCUAAAAUAUUUAAUAAAGACAUUACUUUAUUUUGCACACCUAUAUAAUAAAAAAAUGCUCUUAAAAGUGUAAAUUGAUGAUUCUGUGCUGAUCUAGUGUAUUGGAUUGGAUUGGAUGUAGAAAUAUUAAUGUACACAUUUAAAUCAUCAUUUCAGUGAUUUUCAAUAUAAUUUCAGUGCAAUAUAGGAUACUCUUAAACACACACACACACACACACACACACACACAUCAACACACAUACACACAGACUCCUUGCACUCUCCUCUGAGACUGUGGCACUUACUGAAGCGUCACUCUUGAACUAUGCAGCACAAAGAGGUAGAAAGCAAGAGACAGAAGGUGAGAGAGAAAGAGAGAGAUGGACGACGACUCGAGAAAGAAAAGAAAAUGGAAGCACAAGGAGGAGAGCAAACGCACACCCCCGUCCUCCCCUCCGCUUCCCUCCCCAGACUGUGGGUGGGGCCCCUGGGACCUCAUUGACCCACUCACCACGUCUCUCCAUUCCUUCAACGAGGGGUUAAAUGGUAGGCCACGCCUCCUGGGACAUUCAUCUUUGGCUUGGCUGGCGAGCGGAGCCUCUGCCUGGGACCUCGUACGAUUUUCUAAGACAUUAAUCGUAGGUUUUUAUUGUGUAAUUUAUUAGAGAACGUUAAUAUUAGAGACGUAGAGCUAAUUUUCAGCGCGGCGAACGCAAACAUCCCUUUACGCGAGGCCUCAUCAACAUGUUUUUUUUAUUAUUAUUAUUAUUAUCUUUUGACAUUUGUUUAUUUUAAUACGUGUCUAUAUGCCUUUUCGUCUUGUUUGGUUUUCAUUUCCAGUUGACAGUUCUUAAAUAUGAACAAACAUGUUAUUGCUCCCCCAGAGAACCUGACCAUAGCAGCUGCUGAUUUGCAUCAUGGGUUAUCAUCUCAGAGCUGCACUGAGUGCAUGUGUAACGGAUUGAGAUGACAAUUUGCAGCCAAAUCAGCCCUCUAUUGCGAACACCCAAACGCAAAGGCUCACACACGCACACACACACACACAUUCACUCAGGCACAAUCAGUGCUCCAAUUUCUUCUGCAUAGAUUAGGUGAUUUUGUGAGUCAGGCUCUCUCUCUCACACACACACACAUACACAGACGUACACACAUAUACACAUAGACACACAAAGAUGAUUAUGGCGGUAGUCACAAUUUGACGUGGCCUUUCAUGUCGCUGUCUUUUGCUCUCGCUAUUGUCUCAUUAAGGCCUCACAAAGGUCAGGCUGUCCGUCAAAAUCUGUCUCUCAUCCCGCCUUGAUUAAGAUCUAAACUCUCCCCAUGUAAUAUGUGGGUGUGAGAGCAUGUGUGUGUGUGUAUAUAUGUGUGUGUACACGUGUGUGUGUGUGUUUGUGACAAAUAACCAGUCAAAGCCUGAUCCCAAGACUUCAUUCUCUUUUACAUGCUCCAUUCUGAGUCUAUGUAGUUCAGCUGCGCCAUCUACUGACCAGAAGCUGCAUCACAGUCAAAGCUCCUAAUUCAGCCUUCUGUUCCAAAGCUGUUUUUUAAUGUGCCCUUGUCAACUUGCCCUUGCCUUCUCUUUUUUUUCUCUUUUUGAGGAAAUUCCCAAAGCUAUCAUUACUGUAUUAGGAUAACUGUAUUAGCAUAAGUGAGCUUGUUUUGUAGAGACAUGAGGGAUCUAGUGAACAGAAAUAGAGUAGAGCAGAAAUCAGUGUUUAUAAGCGCAAUAAAGAGCAAUAAAAGAUUGUAAAAUAUUUAACUAAUACAUAAAAACUACAGUUACUACAGCUUGAUAUGCUUUAUAUGUGUGUGCCUUAAAGGAGAAAUCUGGUUUGAAAUGGACCUGGCAUGUAUUUAAACAUGAUACCGAGUACAAACAGUGCUUUAAGCUGAUGCUUUCAAUUGGUUAGGCUUACAAUGGAGCAUAGAAGUGUAGCAUUUUUACACCGCUUUAUUGGUAGAAUUCUGAGAGCCCUGACAUUAAAAAAAGAGGCACUUAGAGCUUUAAAAAUGCAGGUAGCUUAUUAAAAAACACUGUUUAUAGACACAUUACCUUCAGGUAGUUCUCCAGGGGCUGCCAUUUUGAAAUUAAGUCACAAUAAGUCGACUGAUGAGCAUGAGCAAAUAGGUAGAUAGGAGAACCGAUUUUAAUUUUGCAGUAUUUUCCCCUCAAGGUACUGUCCAUUUCAUACUGGAUUUCUUCUUUAAAUAGGACACCAAUUCAGUUGCUGUACAUGUCUGCUGCUAAUAUAGGCUAGUAUGUUAUGUUAGCUUGCUAGCUAGCUAGCUCUCUCGGGUUACAGCUAGUUACAAAAUAAGGAAGUGAAAUACUGCACUCUUUACAAUCAGUAGGUUAGUCUGAGGAGACUUGGACAGAAUUAGCCAUUAGCUAAUUAGCCAAACUGGAAUUUUCUCAGAGGGUACAGAACCAGUAUCAGGAUUGCACAACAUGCCAGGGUCAAAAAGAUAUUAUACAAGACUAAUGUCUGAUGAUUGUCUUAUUGGGAAAGAUAUCUGAUAAAUAAAUAACCAAUUGUGGUUUAAUUUUAAACCACUUGCUGUGUAAAUUGUGACAUUGUAGUAGUCACUAGGCUACAGUAAAGUUAAUUUCCCAGUGUCUCUGUUUUGCACUUUACAGAGUGCACCAUUAAAUUUUUUUACAUAAUUUUAUAUUAUUAUGAGCAAUAAUUUAUAUAAAAAAAAAAUCACGGUAAUGGUUCUUAGAUUGUAGUAUUUUUGUAAGUAAGACACAAAAACAUGAAAUUUGAUUUGUUCUACCUACCAGGCUAGCACAGAUCUUCUUCUACAUCAACCUUCUUCUUCUCACAGUGCAAUAGGAACUACAGGACGUUAUCUGUUAACAGACACUCUGUUGGACAAACACUUCCAGUCAUAUUUCAACUUAAUCUUAUUUUGUAGUCCUACUUAUGUAUCUACAAAGACAACAUGCACAAAUGUAUAAAUAUAUGUGUGUGUUGUUUCAGGGACAGAUGUUUUUCACACCAUCAAGACAACUAAAUCCGAUCUGAGCAAAACAAUGCAAAAGUAGCCAAAUUUCCAUCCUAUGUUGUAAGUAAGAAGAACAGUGACUGGUUAAAAAGUCAUUGUGAUUGCUCGUAAUGCUCAAUAUGGUGUCUUUUUACAGAUAAUGUAUUGCACUUCAACAACAAGAGCCAAUCAGCUUGCUUGUUAAAGCGCAAGCUGAGGAGUGUUGAAAAUAUUGUUGCACUAGUGGAGGAAAAAGUCCCCCUCGAUUUGGAGAUCUGCCCAAGUGCAGUAGCUAAAACAAAGCAGAAAUAUCAUGUAUUUUGUGAAUUACUGAGCAAAGUGCUACAAACUAUUCAUUCAUUUUUAUCAAUAAUUAAAAAUCCAUAGUUUAAAUGAUAAUUUGCCAUUUUAAAUAUUGUGGUCUCUGUCUAUUUAUGGUCUAAAAAAAUAAGUGUUUGGUGGCAUUGCAAAUAUGGCUGCAGUGAGUAGACCUGGCUAUAAGGACUGUUAUUGGUCACAUUCAGGAUUCUUAAGACGUUAUGCUCUGAGUUCCGUACAGUUUAUUAAGUAAAAUAGUAAAUAGUAAGUGAAUUAGUGAAAGUGUGUUCCUGUUGAUAUACUAUUUUCUUGUCAUUUAUCUCUACUGUUCUGCAAGUGUCUUCUGAAAGCUUCUGCACACUUUCAAACAAUGAGGAGAAGUCAACAAGGGCAUGAUUGGAAACACUAUUGGAACAUGUGGUGGAAUUCCAAAUAAGCAUUUUCUUGCAUUUGGUUGAGCUAAAGCUUCUUAAUUUUGAUCUGCUGUGAUGGGUCUUGCUGCUCUGUCUGUGUGCUAUACUCACUACUGUCUUGCUGUUUUUUCCAUGUUCUGAAAUAUUAUGAUAUUUUACAAAGGUUUUAUUAAGAUUACUUUAAAAAAAGAAAAGUCUAUCUAUAUUAGGUUAAAGUUUAUCUGUAGGUCUGAAACAUAGAGUAUAUAGAGUCUUUAUCAGAUUCAUUAUUGUCAUUAUUGUUAUGAUAAGAACAGUUUCUAUUUAAGGGUCUUCUGUUGUUUUGUCAAUACUUACAAAGAAAUGCCAAGAAGGAGGUAGUGUAUUUAGACUGGGACUAAAGUAAUGGAAGUGAACGGGCUCUCCGGAGCCUACCUGCUGUCGUGGACGUGUCUCAGGGCCACCUCAGGGCUCCUGUUUCAGCUCUGUUUGAGGAGAGAGCGCCACCUGGAGGACUCUCCCGUAACGCUCCGCUAUAUAUGUGGACAGAACUGACCAUAAAAACAUACUGGAAUUUUCUUAAAAGGGACAGAACCUGGAUCAAAAUAAACUUGGCUGUGUUACGAUUAGGAUGUACAAAGUUAAGGCUUUCCUCCUGGACUUUCAGAACUUUUGGAUACGCCUGCUUCUCUCUCGACGUGAGUGUGAGUAUGUGUGUGUUGAUUUUCUUUGUACAUCCUGCUGAGCCAACACUCACCUGGACACAAAGGUGGUAAAAUGUGAAUGAAGCUUGGUUGGCCUUGGUUGGUCACUUCAAGCUUACGUUUCGCCUUCAUAACUGCUGUUAUGGAGAUGUUCGACAGACAACAGCACAUUGUGGCCUGGCUGGGUCAUAAAUGUUGCUAGCUUGCCAG